AAUGAGAGGUAGGGACAGGGAGUUGUGUACGCCACUCGCCAAGUGACGUAAACGCUAGUCUAGUUGGUAACACGAGUACCUAGAUACUCGCCAUACGCCAUACCAUUACUUACUCGAUGUACUUGGCGAACAGUACGUACUCGUACUCGUAGAAUGUAAUAGGUACAUCGCGUAAUAUUCAGUGUUAUACGCUAGUACUCGCGCGGUGUGUUAUCGUGUAAUUUUGAGCAGCGUCGCGCCGCGUCGCCGCUUCGUCAAAUACGAGUACUCGUACUCGUACUCGUACAUGUACCUCGACUUACGCGUGUACAUAGCUCUAUCGCCCUGUGGCUCAAUGUGCUGGUGAAAAUUCGAGUGAAAAGUAAUGCGAGUUUGCUCAUCGCUUCGUCGCGCCGCGAUCUUUCACGUGCAGUGUCAAUUUUCAAGUAGGUAGUGUACCUAUCGUACCUCUACCUCUACCUCUACCUCUACCUCUACCUAUACUACGAGUGCUCAGUGCUAUAGCCAAUACCCAUCCACCUACCUAUUGGGCUGCUUGGGCUGCUUGGGCCGCUUGAUCGAGUGUUACGAUACCUACGAGUAUUUCUGGCGCGUUAAACGUACAGAAAUCAACGUAAACCUGGCUACCUUCGCCAAGAACGCCGCCGCCUUACACAUUAGAAUCGUGCCUUGGUGCGCGGCGCGAAAGAUCGACUUGGUAGGUAACCUGGCUCAUGGGCUGCGACUGCGGCUGCAGAUAUACGUGUAGAUAAUUCGGGUGUACAGUUCACAUAUACUCGUACAAAUAUUUCAAGUGCCGAUGUACUCGCAAAGUUAAACAAACGUUUAUUAGCCAUUCGGUGUGAUAAGUGAUAACUAUACCUACUCGGUACUCGGUACUCGUACGUAAUACGUUUGUGUGUUUGGUGUUUGGUGAAUUGGUGUAGCCUACAUAUAGUGUAUAGUGUACGGUGUGUGGUGUAGGUGUACUUAAUGGUGCGUCUGUGAAGUGUUUAUGGUUUUCCAACGGAUAUGUUGUUCAACCGCCACAGAUGUACGCUGGUACCAUAUACUCGUACGACGUACGUGUAGAACUAUGUAACGGCGAUUAGUUUGACAGACAAUAAUGCUAUCGUCGUGUUCUUCAUCGAUAACGUAGAAAAAAAAAUCAAAAAGAAAGAAAAAACAAACAAAAUAACUACCCAGCACCUCUAAAUACCUAUACCAAUUACUUUUCGACAAGUGCGACACGACGACGUGCCAGUUGGUAUUUUCUGUCAGCGAUACAUAUCUACCUACCUAUUCGAGACUCGAGUACUCGCUAAUGUUAUUUAAACCGCAAUAUGUUCAACUUGAUGCGAGUAUCUAGUUGCGGUUUUCAAGCUGGUAAAAUACGAGGCGACGUGAAAGAAGAUUAUUCCAUUGUACUCGUAUAGCGUACUGUAUAGCAUAGCCGCAUAGCCGCAUAGCCGUUGGAAAAAUUGGCGUUUUCCACCAAAAUGGUAUUAGUAGUUCCAGAACAAUCUCAACGACCGUAUCGGUUCGGUAUGACACUACUAUGUGUCGGAGCGUUAUUUAAUUGGUUGGGUUUAGCUGACACGUACUCGGAUCCAGUUCCAGCCAUCAGAUACAUAGGGGUUGGUUUAAUAGCUGCUGGAGCGAGCCUAAUAUGUAUGGCUAUGUGUUUCUGGAUGAGAAAUAUCCACGAUCCCAAUAGUAAUGGCGAUUACGAUAUUUCCUCGGACCCGAUCCACGUAAUUUCUUCGGACCCGACAUUGGAAAAGCCCCCCGAAUAUGCUUCGGUUGUGGACGUUCCGCCGUGUUACGAAGACGCCAUCAAGUUGGGUACAACGCCCAUCGUAUUUCGACUAAAGCAAGCUUUAACGUCGAACGCGCAUUUAAUAAACCAGAACGCCGAAACUGAUAGAGCGGCGUCGAAAAAUUACGCGGAUCAAAACUAUUCGGUGACCACAUCGCUGCCGGUGCCAGACAAUCAAGAUUCCUGCGCACAGGCCGCCGCCACCGCCGCCGCCGCCGACGCUAGACAAAUGGAAAAAAUAGCGUUACCAGGCGCGUCGUCUCAAAGUCAAAACUCUAGUCAAAAUGAAAACACUCUAGCCAAAGUAUUUAGAAAAAGUAUAAGGGGCAUACGCCGAUUCAGAAGUGGCAGCGAAGAUAGUGAUAAUUCGUUCGGUCAAGCGUCCAAUUUGGAGAACGGAUCCGCGCAAGAAACCAAUUAUGUCGAGUCUACCAAAGUUGAUAGAUAAAUAGAAAUAAUUACCCACCAAGUUGCUGCGAUUUUGUUCGUGUAUCUACUAUCUACUUAGUAUGUACUUAUUCGCGUAUUUUAGUGAGAGCUUUCAUCGUUGCAUUUGCGGUAAACGCGUGUGUUAGCCUGGAGACUCCAUCGUCAUCGCCAUGAAAUGCGUAAAUUAUUGACACGAUUGACACCUUGCAAUAGUUGCAUUUUCAAAUCCCUUCUCCAAAAAGUCGGGUAACGGGUACCUUACCUAUACCUAUGUACGGUACAUAUUGUUAUUGAAAAAAUACGUACGAACUGAUCAUCAAUCAUUCUGUACAUUAUAGGUGUAGAAAUCAACUUUCAAUUUAUCUAAUCGUACAAAUUUUUGUUCAAACAGUCGUUAUAUUCGAGUAGGUACGAUUCAGUCUUGUGAAAAGGCUUUUAAAAAACCUUCCAUAGGUAGUAGAAGAAUUCUGCCUCAGAAAUUCAUCUUAAUUAGGUACCUAUGAAAAUAUAUCGCUUAGAUAGGCUAAUCGACGAUCCUCGAACGAAUAUCUAUCAAUCUGCGUACUUAUAGAUAACGAUAAGUACCUACUUUACUCACUCGAUAAUUUCUUUAUAACAGAAAAAUUUAAUGUAAUUCAUUAUUUAUCGUAUUUUCGAAUACGAGACAAUAAUUCGAUUGUGAAUUUUCUCAAGAAAUAAUUUAUUAUUCGCGGGAAUGUUUUUGUUUUUUGUGUAAAAAAAAAAUCAAACCAAAUCAAGCUAUUUACAGUACAGGUAGGUACUUACAAAUAUGUACAUGAAAAACAAAAAAACAAAGAAAAAUCCAUAACCUAGCAAAUGAAAAAGCAGACAUGUGAACUAUCAAGAAUGAAAUUUCGUCUUCGCGUUUAUAGAAAUUAUUUAUGCUGCUUCGUCGAUGAAUAUAAUGUCAUUGAACACUGACAAUUACAACCAGCAGGACAAAAUUUUUGCACUUCGUACCACUUUUUCAUAUGAAACAAAUGACCACCGUGGCCGCAAUAAAUGCACACAUUUGCCAAACCUAUAUACAAAAAAAAAAAAAAAAAAAAAAAACAACAAAUAGAAUGAACUUCUUAAAAGAAAAAAUCUAACGACUUUACCUUUGACUGAUAAACGGCAAAUUACGCAAUAUAAAGCGGGCAAUUUACACGUAGAACACAUUUUGUCACCGGACGAACUUCGGCAUUUCUUGCAUUCGGCUCGGAGUUCGAUUCCUUUGUGCACGUCAACUUUCGCAGUCUUAACACAUUUCAUGACCAUCGCAUGAACGUUGAGUAAGUUCCACCGGUAUAAAACAUCGGCGUAAGCCUUCUUUACUCUGUCAAAUAGCAGUUCAUCGCUAUCAUCCUUCAACGAGCUGUAAACGAUUUUGUUGUCAUUAAAUAAUCUCAAUAGGUACCCCUAUUACACGCGUAAAACAGCGAGUGUUUCUUUGGGCGAUACAUAAAAGAAUUCGGUACUUGGAAGGUUGUAUAGAUGAAUCAUUAGCGUCUGCAAUUUCACCGUAGUCCACGCAACAUUUUCUAAAAUCCUCUAAUAGUUCGGAGCAAGAAUUAGAACGUAUGUGUUUUUGAAUUGGAAAAGACCACGAGUUCUCCAACGAACUUUCCAUCGGAUGAAUGGUAUGAUAAGGAGACGCGUUGUGCUACAGAUAAAACCAUUCGUUAAAAAAUCGAUCAGUAAUCUACUAGUUCGAUGCUUCGAAUUCGACUAACCGUUUGAAAAACCGUAGGGCAUACGCUUUGAAUCGAUUUUUCGGCGCAGAGAUAUUUAUGAAAAACGCAACAUAUGGUUGCGGCGGUUUGUAUAUCGCUUUGUGAAAUAUAAUAUUCAAUUCUGAAAUUAUAUAGGUAAAAAAAAAAACAACAAUUUUAAUACGGAACCAAAAAUGCGGACUGUUUAAAAUGUUGGCUUACAUCGAUUUCAAUAUAUUUUUCACAAACGGAUGAUGAUUUUUCGAAGGAUCGCAGUUGCCAGAGAUAGUCGACGCUACGAGUAAAGUCAAAUUCCAUAUCUGCUGCAAGUCCUUCCGACCAGUCAUAUUGACCAUAUUCGCGUUAUGUUUGCAUAUGGAAGUCAAUUCAUUGCCACUAAUCCUACGUCCAUCAAAACAAAAUAAUAAUUUUCAAAACGUUCACCUUCGAAUAAUAAUACCUACUCGUAAUUACGAGUAAUAUUACAAGUAAUGAAAUAGGUACUGAACACGAAUACGAACAGGUACUUGUUUGCCAAAUCGUAAUUCAGUAAAAACAAACGCGAAACAUCGUAUACGAUCACAGUUCUUCUGUUCUUAUGAGUAUUCCUCAUUCUUUUAAGCAGUCCUCGUCUAAUCAUGUAUUUCGUUCUAGGUGGCAGGGUACCAUUCUAAAAACAAAAUUGAAAUGAUGAAAAAAAAAUUACUCGAAGAAAGUUACGUUUUGGUCUUUUAACGAAGUACAUAACUGAAAUAACACUUGCGAUUUAGCGAAACAGACCAAAGCGCCUGAAAUAAGGAGAGAGAUACGAAGAUUACUACCUUCCAGAGAAAAAUUUCAAUCGUAACAUGUACUUAUACCGACCAGUAUGGCAAAAUCUGGCACCGCAAGUUCGCGCCGGUAAAAAAAUUCGCUACGUUCGACUGACUUUUUAAAAUAUCUGAAAACACGACGAAAAAAGAUGAUUUGAAACGCAAACCGAAAUUAAUUUACGAGAAAUUCAAAUUCGUACCGCUCGAAUCAAACUUUGAUUUCAACUCGACAGAAGCACCAUCAACGCAAUCAGAGCCAUAGUCAGUAUUUGGUAAGCGACACAGCUUAACAGAUAGAAACGAAAAUACAGUAUGUAAUGUACAAGUGAAAAUUAAUUUGUCAGCCAAAAAGUAGAUUGUCGAAAAAUAUUAACCUCUUGUAAAUAUUUGUCAACCUCCCAAAUGCGUAAUGUUUGAUCUUUAGACCAAGUGAUCAGCUGGUGUUCGAAUUCAUCUACGAAAUUGAACGAAAACACCAUUCUUAUAAAUUAUGUACAAUGGCCAUUCGUACGGAUGAAAUGAUGGUUUCAAAAAUUUUUGCUCACUUUGACGGUAACAUCUCCAUUGAAAAUCCAAUACGAUUUCGGUAUGACCAACAAACGUAUGCAGAGGAACGCUACUAUUGGUUAAAUUCCACAGAAGUAAGGUAUUAUCACUCUUUUUUGAAGGGGGAAUAAUCACGGCCAGCAUUCCACGUCCAAAGGGCUACAUAGCGAGAAAUCAAAAUAAAUAAAUAAAUAAAUAAAUAAACAAACAAAAACUUUCGCGAUAUCGAAGAAAUUCGUUGAAUAUAGAGUUUUCGUUCGUUGAUGAUAAACGAGUAACUUACAGUAUAACUAGCUUUCCACACCGGUGCAUCGGCAUUAAUGAUGCAUUCGGUUUUGCGAGGAUGGUUUAUGUCGAAAAACUUUAUCGUGCCAUCUUGACUGGCGGUGAAUAAUUUAUUUCCGUUUUCCGGGUCCCAGUCGAAAGAAUGAAUCUAACGAUGAGAAAAUUGAAAAUGAAUUAUCCAUAUUCGAAGACAAAAAUUUCAAGUACUGUAAGUGAACGUAAUUGACUAACACUGGUUAAAUGAGCUGAUAUGUAUAGCACAGGCGAAGAAGCUUUUCGUUCAUCCCAAAUUUUAACAUCGCCAUUAUGGGUGGUGGCUAAUAGAUGACGAGAUGUGCCAUUCCAUUUGACAUUAGAGACAGCAG